AUGUGCAAACAAAUGCGUUGGGUUUAAGUUAUCUAUCGAGAUUUCCUUAAAGUGUAGACUUUUCUGUUAUGUCAAAUUUAAUUAGGAAAGUAUAGUACAGUUAUAUAAAAUGACCAAUAUUGCAUAAUCAUUGAAAACAACAAUGGAGAAUCAAGAUUCCUUCAAAAAUGUCCAAAAACAUUUUAAAAGCUGGGCACCUGAGCGACGAAGAGUUCUCAUGGAGCUAAAAACUAUAAGAGAUGAAAUUCAACAACAAGCAAAGAUUCAUUCCAUUGGAAACAUAACGUAUUCCAGUUUCGGGCUUAUAGGCGGGAUACUGAGUAUUGCGGGAAUAGCGAUGGCCCCUGUCACUUUUGGGACUUCUUUCAUUUUAACAAUGACCGGGAUUGCUACGGGGGUGACUUCCGGUGUCGCGGGGCUUACCCAUGGGGUAGUCAAAAUUGGAAUAGUGAAAAAACACUGUAAUCAGGCAAAAGCACAUUUGGAAAAACACGAGACAACGUGCAAAGAAAUGAUACGCUUAAUUAAUUUGCUCGGACAGGACACUGACCCUAAAAUAAAUGAUAUUAAUACGUUGGAAAUUUCACAGGUAUGUCAUGGAGUAAAACAAGCAGGGGGCGCCGCAGCUCUCGGCAAACGCAUUUUUGAUUUGGUGGAAAAGUCACGUGCUUUGGGUGUCCAUCGUAUCACAGGGAACGCAGACGAGGUUGCCAGACUGUUGCGUCUUGGUACAGCAUUGGACGACAUUGCCCCAACAGCAGCGAAAAGUGUUUCUAAAGGAGUCACCAAACUGUCUACCGAGGCCCUAAGUACUCUGGCGGCCAUCGGAAUCAUCAUUGAUUUGGGAUCUUUAAUUUGGAAUGCAGUCGACUUGUCUAAAAUCGAAAAGGGCCAACUGUGCGCUGAGGCAGAGAAGCUUCAAAAAGUUAUCGAGCAAAUGCAACAUGAAUACGACGUUUUAAAAGAAUGUUUCUCGUGACAAGAAGCAUAGUCUUAUAAUGCAAUGCAUCAGUGAAAGUGAUCCUUGAUGAAGAAGAAAUUUCGAAGAAAAAAAGAACAUCUUAUUGCGAGGACUAUCAUGGUUUAUCAUGUGAACUUUGUGAAUAUUU